AUGGCGCUCGACGAGUACUACCACAACAAGAUCGAGGCUAUGAAGCUUGAGAUCCUUAAGGGACAAGCCGCGCUUCGCCGCCUCGAAGCUCAGAGAAAUGACUACAACUCCCGCGUGCGAUUGUUGAGGGAAGAGUUGGGUCUGUUGCAACAGCCUGGUUCCUAUGUCGGAGAAGUCGUCAAGGUCAUGAGCACCAAGAAGAUUUUGGUUAAAGUUCACCCUGAGGGCAAAUAUGUGGUCGAUGUGUCGGAUAGUGUUGAUAUCGGCAAGCUCACACCAGGAAAGCGAGUCACCCUCCUUUCCGAUAGCUAUAAACUCGAGAAGAUGCUCCCCUCCUCCGUCGAUCCUCUUGUCUCCCUCAUGAUGGUAGAGAAGGUUCCCGACAGCACAUACGACAUGAUUGGUGGUUUGGACCAGCAGAUCAAGGAGAUCAAGGAAGUUAUCGAACUUGGUCUUAAGCACCCUGAGCUCUUCGAGUCUCUUGGAAUUGCACAACCCAAGGGUGUCUUGCUAUAUGGCCCCCCUGGUACUGGAAAGACACUACUGGCACGAGCUGUUGCUCACCACACUGCCUGUAAAUUCAUCCGAGUGUCAGGUUCCGAACUGGUCCAGAAGUACAUUGGUGAGGGUAGUCGAAUGGUGCGAGAACUCUUCGUCAUGGCUCGAGAGCACGCCCCAUCCAUCAUCUUCAUGGACGAAAUCGACAGUAUUGGUUCCUCACGAGUGGAGGGUUCUUCAGGAGGAGACUCUGAAGUCCAGCGAACUAUGCUUGAGUUGCUGAACCAGCUGGAUGGUUUCGAACCUACUAAGAACAUCAAGGUCAUCAUGGCCACCAAUCGUCUUGACAUUCUCGACCCCGCCCUCCUGCGCCCAGGACGUAUUGACCGAAAGAUCGAGUUCCCCCCGCCCAGCGUCGAGGCCCGAGCGGAUAUUCUCCGCAUUCACAGCCGCAAGAUGAACCUCACCCGUGGUAUCAACCUCACCAAGAUCGCGGAAAAGAUGAACGGGUGCUCUGGUGCUGAGCUGAAGGGUGUGUGUACGGAAGCAGGCAUGUACGCUCUCCGAGAGCGAAGAGUGCACGUCACACAAGAAGAUUUUGAGCUUGCCACGGCAAAGAUUCUCAACAAGCACGACGAUAAGGAGGUGUCUCUUGGCAAGCUUUGGAAGUGA